GAACAAAAAAACAAAAAAAGAAGGGCACCCACUCGGAAAAACGGAUCCAAAGAAAAAUACGAACCAGAAUAUAACCGUAAACCCUAGCCCAGCCUCGCCCAGCCGCGAACUUUAUCUUUCUCUCUCAUCAUUCGUUUCGAUUUUUUUUUUUUUUUUUUUUGCGAAUUAAGGAUUUAGGGUUUUCCUUUUCUGUUGCAUGCCAAAGCUGAUUUGAGAUCUGAUUGGGAUUUUGGGGAUUUCAGAUUUAGGGUUAGGGUUACGGCCGAUGGGAUUUGUCGGUUGCGGCGAUUUUUCUCGGUGAUGACCGGAGGCCGAUGUCACGGGAAGAAGAAGAAGAUGAUGGGUAGGGGUGCGGACGGAGGUUGCGGCACCGAGGAGAAGCCCUGCCCGAUUUCUAGGGUUCCGCCCAAGAUUCCGGCGACUCUGCCGGAAAUUCCUAAAAAGUCGGUUGGGGUUGAUUUGUAUUCUCAGGCGAGGAAGGCCUUGUGUGAGCGGUCGCCGUUUGAUGUGGUUGAGGACGCCUCGGCCUCAGCCUCAGCUGCUGCUGCUCCUUCUUCUUCCUCGAGUGUGGUCCCCACCACCUUGCCGAGGGGGUUGGCUAGCUUCUUGUCCAGGCAAUCUGAUAGCCGGAAGCGGCACAAGAAGUCGCAUUCGGCGUCGGAUAAGAAGCAUUCCCGGCAGAGUGAGAAGUCGAAGGGGUAUAGUGUGUGGGCAGAGACAGAGGAGUACUUUAGACCCUUGACAUUGCCUGAUAUUGAAGCCUUAACUGGGGUAUCUGAGAUUAGUAAGGUAGCUGCUACCAAGUGUUUUUCGAUUCCGAAUUUGGGAAAUAUUCCCGAGCUGAAUGGAAAUGAAAAUGUGAAUGUGGGACUUGUUUUCAGUGAGGAGUGUGUUUGUGGUCGUAAUUCGAAUGAGACUGUAAACGGUGGCAAUGCUAAUGAGGUUGCCGCCGAGGAUGAUGGUGGGAAUGCUAGUGAGGUUGUUUGCAAGGAUGAGAUUGUGAAUGGCGGUAAUGCUAGUGAGGUUGUUGUCAAGGAUGAGAAUGCAGAUGAUGGGAGUGGCAAUUCGGAUGUAGUUGAAAAGGUUAAUGAGAAUGACGGAAAUGAAAAUGGGGCUGUGGAAGAGGAGGACAAGACGGAGCAGAAUGGGCAGUCGAUGGAAAUUGAUAGUGGUUUGCCUGAAGAGGAAAAAAAAAGCUGUUCUGUUUCGGAUUCUGAUUCUCCCAGGGGUAUUGAGUGGCUUUUAGGUUAUAGAAACAAGACUUCUUUAGCGACAGAGCGCCCUUCAAAGAAGCGAAAGGUUCUUGGUGCUGAUGCAGGGUUGGAGAAAGUCCUAAGUGCUUCUCCUUGUGAUGGGAAGCCAUCUUUAUGCCAUUUUUGCUGCAAGGGUGAUGCAGGAAAAGAGUCAAACCGAUUGAUUGUUUGUAGUUCUUGUAAGGUUGUGGUUCAUCAGAAGUGCUAUGGAGUGCUAGAAGACGUAGAUGCAUCAUGGUUAUGCUCUUGGUGUAGGCACAACACUGGUGAUAGUAAUUCAGCAAACCCUUGUGUGCUUUGCUCUAAGCAGGGUGGUGCUUUGAAGCCAGUUCUGAAGAAUGGUAAUAGUGGUGGAUCUCCGGAGUUUGCCCACUUGUUUUGCUGUCAGUGGAUGCCAGAGGUUUAUAUAGAGGAUAUGGAGAAGGUGGAACCCAUCAUGAAUGUCGGAGGAAUACCGGAAACCCGCAGAAAGCUAAUUUGUAACAUAUGCAAGGUGAAGUGGGGCGCAUGUGUUCGAUGCAGUCAUGGUGCUUGCAGAACUUCCUUCCAUCCAAUGUGUGCGAGAGAGGCAAGACAAAGAAUGGAAAUUUGGGCAAAAUAUGGGCUCAAUAAUGUUGAAUUGAAGGCUUUCUGCUCAAAGCAUUCAGAAGUACCAAAUAACAGCAACACUGAACCAGAGGAUCCUUCUGUCUCCAUUGACAAGAAUUCAAAUAUCUCUGACAGUUCUCAUGUGACAUCGUCACCAAAAAAAUUAAACAAGUUGAAAAUUGGCGGUAGAAAUGGUGAUAAUGUUGCAGUCAGUGUUGAGACUUCAGAUAAUUCUGAUAAAUUCAGUGAUAGCAGAUCACAGGAGAUACCAAUGAAUGAUAGGGGUAAAUUCGAGGGGAGCUGCGAGGAUGUCAAUGCAUCUGGGAACCUUAACCUUACCCCUAUUUUACAGAAGCUGAUUGAUUGUGGAAAAGUUGACGUGAAGGAUGUGGCGUUGGAGAUUGGUGUCUCACCCGAUUCUUUAUCUGCUUCACUUGCUGAUGAUAGCGUGGUCCCUGAUGUGCAAUGCAGAAUAGUUAAAUGGCUUAAAGACCAUACCUACUUGGAUCUAAUGCAGAAAAAUGUAAAAACAAACUUAAGACCGUCAUUUGCAUCAUUGGCCGAGUUUGGAGGUUCUGAUGCUCCAUUAUCAGAGUCUGGUAUGUCAGAUCCUGUAGCUGUUAAAUCAGUACCCCCACGGAGGAGAACAAAAGGUGGUGUUAGGAUUUUAAAGGACAACAAAGUUCUUAGCUCAUCAGAGCAGGCCUUUUGUGACAAUGGGAUUCCGCUGGACAAGAUUAAAUUAGAUAAAACUAUCAGUGAAGGACCAAAAGAUUUGAAAGAAGAGUCCAUCAGUGAUGUUGUUGAGAAGAAUAUGACGGUGCUCAAUGGGUUACAAGAUUCUUUGCCGACACAUUCACCUGAAAUGGAAGGUUAUUCAACUAAGCCCUUAAAUUGCAGCCUUUUGCAAAAAGGUCAAGAAGUGGUGACUAUUACUCCUUUGCAGACCAACUCGGUGAUUGCAAAUGUAGAUCCAUCGUUUUCAGUUGAAAAACCAGUUCCUGAAAGCAAGAAAUCGGGGCCAGAAGCUCCUAGUUCUUAUGUCCACCCGCCUAUGCAGAAGACAUUAUCACAGAUGGAGAACGGGGUGUCUCUAAAGAAUCCAAUACAUGGUUCAAGUCAAGGAGAAGUCUCUCGUGUGGAGGCAUCUUCCCAUGCAAGUGUUUGCUGUAAUCAUCAAAAUACACAUCCAAAAUGUUAUGAUACGAUUUGUAAAACUGAUGAGAGGAAUUUAGAACAGUUGGCUAAGGCUCGUAAACUGGGAGUUCUAGAAAUGUCUCCAGAAGAUGAAGUGGAAGGAGAACUCAUUUAUUAUCAGCAUAGGUUGCAAAACAAUAUAACUGCGAGAAAGCAUUAUACUGAUGUUUUGAUACGUAAUGUUGCUAAGAGUCUGCCGAAAGAGACUGAUGCAGCACGGAAUCAGAAGUGGGAUGCUGUGCUGGUUAACCAAUAUCUUUGCGAGCUUCGAGAGGCAAAGAAGCAAGGUAGGAAGGAGAGACGGCAUAAGGAAGCACAGGCUGUUUUAGCAGCUGCAACUGCUGCAGCUGCUGCCUCUUCUAGGAUUUCAUCAUUUAGGAAAGAUGUCGUUGAUGAACACCCCCAUCAGGAGAAUGUGGUGAAGCUGAGCACUUUCAGUGGGAGGUCCAGCUUUUCCUCACAGAUGAUACCACGGGCAAAAGAGACAUUUCCAAGGGUGGCUGUCCCUAGAGUUUCUGUGGAAAAGCACUCUGGUGCAGUUAAUUCAGGCUCAGAUAUCUCUAAAGAACAUCCUAGGUCAUGUGAUAUCUGCAGACGUUCUGAGACGAUGUUAAACCCGAUUUUAGUCUGUUCCAGUUGCAAGGUUGCUGUUCACUUGGAUUGCUAUCGUAGUGCAAGAGAAUCUACAGGUCCAUGGUACUGUGAAUUAUGUGAAGACAAAGCUACUGCCAAUGUUUGGGAGAAAGAGCAUUUAACUGCAGAAUGUGGUUUAUGCGGUGGGAAAACUGGUGCUUUUAGGAAAUCCUCUGAUGGUCAAUGGGUCCAUGCCUUCUGUGCUGAGUGGGUCUUUGAGUCAACAUUCAAAAGGGGACAAGUAUCACUGAUUGAUGGAAUGGACACAGUUUCUAAGGGCCUUGAUUUCUGUUAUAUCUGCCGACGCAAAUUUGGUGUCUGCAUAAAGUGCAGCUAUGGCCAUUGUCAGGCAACAUUUCAUCCCUCCUGUGGUAGAAGUUCUGACUUUUAUAUGAAUGUAAAAACUCUUGGUGGGAAGCAGCAACACAAGGCAUACUGUGAGAGGCAUAGCCUUGAGCAGAGGGCGAAGGCUGAUACACAAAAACAUGGAAUGGAGGAAUUAAAGAACCUUUAUACAAUAAGGGCUGAGCUGGAGAGAUUACGCCUUAUUUGCGAAAGAAUUAUCAAACGGGAAAAAGUAAAGAGGGAAUUACUCAUUUGUUCACAUGACCUUCUCGCUGUGAAAAGAGAUCAUGUUGCCCGUUCCGUGCUUGUUAACAGUCCUUUCUUGCUACCGGAUGCUAGUUCUGAAUCAGCAACAACUUCUCUUAAAGCGCAGACAGAUGAUUACAGGUCAUGCAGUGAGACACUCCAAAGAUCAGAUGAUGUGACUGUAGAUAGUACAAUUUCUGUUAGGCACAGGACUAGAGUUCCUAUAACUAUUGAUAACGACCAAAGGACAGAUGAUGACAGCUCCACAUCCCAAAAUCAAUUUACCCACAAUCUUUUGGAUAGGAUGCAAUUUUCUGAGAAACAGAUUCCAUUCAGACCUUCUGCCGCGACUUGUAAUCUUUCAGAAGAUGGUGGAUACAGGUCAAAAUCUAAGAAGCAUGCCGAGAUGUUUUCGAAAGAACUGGUGAUGACAUCAGAUCAGGCAUCGGUGAAAAAUAUGCUAUUACCCAAAGGAUAUGCAUAUGUUCCUGCUGAUUGCAUUCCAAAUGAGAAGCAGGCCAACCAGGAUACUUGUUCUGGUGAACGACCAGAAGGAGAUGGGUAGCUUGCGGAACUAGUGUUGUGCGUUUGGAUCUGCCCUCUUGUGGACCACGAAAAGUACCACAAGACAGAUAUUUCUCCACCCAGAUGUCAUUGUCGCUGUGGAAACGACUGUGAUUAUCUGUUUCGAAGGGAAAUGGUUGAAUGAAACAGCUGGGCUAGCUGCCACUGUAUUAUUCUUCCCAAAGCAGUCGCAUUCUGGUUUGGGAUGUGAAGUUUUGGCGUCAUUGUUGUAUAGAGUCAUCUGUACAGUGGGUGAGGGUUUGUUCUUACAUGUAUUAGAAGGCAUCGAUUUAUGUCUUUGUAGGAGUAAAGAAAAGCUCUGCUUGUAAACCAUGUACAAGAAAUUAAAGCGUAUCUAUCACCUGCUGUGCCUGCUCUGUAAAGUUAGUGUAUAUAUCCUCACAAUAUGAAUCCAGAAAUGAAUUGCACCCUGAAUCAGAUUACGAGAGCAUUUAAUGCCUGAA